AGGGAAAAAAAAACCCAUAGGAGGGUUGUAUAGACAUACACAUACACACAAAAUUUGGUUGAAUUUUUCCGGCUGCCAUUUUUUGUAUUCUUACAUCUCUCCCUCUCGCUCGAUCGACCGAAAGGGAAAAAGGGAAUACGAGAGAGAGAGCAAGAAAAAAUGGUGGGAAAUAAUAUCGAGAAGACUGCGGAGGAGAAAGCGAUCGACGAUUGGCUGCCGAUCACGUCGUCUCGGACUGCCAAAUGGUGGUAUUCCGCCUUCCACAAUGUCACCGCCAUGGUCGGAGCUGGUGUUCUCAGUCUCCCUUAUGCCAUGUCUAACAUGGGAUGGGGCCCUGGUGUGACAAUGAUGAUACUAUCAUGGCUAAUCACUUUGUACACACUAUGGCAAAUGGUGGAGAUGCACGAAAUGGUACCCGGCAAGAGGUUCGACAGGUACCACGAGCUUGGCCAGCACGCGUUCGGGGAGAAGCUAGGGUUGUACAUUGUGGUACCACAACAAGUCGUGGUCGAAGUAAGCACGUGCAUUAUCUACAUGGUGACGGGUGGCAAAUCGUUGAAGAAAUUCCACCAAUCGGUUUGCCCCGAUUGCCACGAGAUCCGCCUCACCUAUUUCAUCCUCAUUUUCGCCUCGAUCCACUUUGUCUUGUCGCAUCUCCCCAACUUCAACUCCAUCUCUGUCGUCUCCCUCGCUGCGGCUGUCAUGUCUCUAACGUAUUCAAGUAUUGCAUGGAUAGCUUCACUAGUGAAGGGAACAAGUAAAGAUGUGGACUAUACCCUAAGGGGAGAAAACACACAAGCCAAUGUUUUCAACUUCUUCAAUGCAUUGGGAGAUAUAGCUUUUGCUUACGCCGGACAUAAUGUCGUUUUGGAAAUUCAAGCAACGAUUCCUUCAACUCCCGAAAAGCCUUCGAAGAAAGCUAUGUGGAAGGGGGUUAUAUUCGCUUACGCCGUCGUUGCCAUUUGUUAUUUCCCGGUUGCUUUCGUCGGUUAUUACAUAUUCGGUAACACCGUGGACGACAAUAUCUUGUUGACACUAGAGAAGCCGAGGUGGCUCAUUGCUUGCGCUAACAUGUUCGUCUUGGUACAUGUCAUUGGAAGUUAUCAGAUCUAUGCUAUGCCGGUGUUUGACAUGUUGGAGACAUUCUUGGUGAAACAAAUGAAGUUCAGGCCUUCCUUCUGCCUUCGUUUCACAACUCGUACCUUAUAUGUCGCAUUUACUAUGUUUGUUGGCAUGACAUUCCCUUUCUUUGGUGGUUUGGUUGGUUUCUUUGGUGGUUUUGCUUUGGCCCCAACUACAUACUAUCUUCCUUGCAUCAUUUGGCUCAUUGUCAAAAAACCCAAGAAGUUCAGCAUAUCCUGGAUUUUCAAUUGGAUAUUCAUCAUAGUCGGGGUAAUGCUGAUGAUUGUCGCACCCAUCGGAGGAAUGAGGAACAUAAUCCUAUCAGCCAAAGACUAUAAAUUCUACCAAUAAAUGAAUAAAUAAAAAAUAUUAAUAACCAGUUCGAUUGUGCCGAGGAAUAAUGGUGGCACGUCUCUUCCAAGUUUUCUUGUUUUAAGUAGUAACGUUAAAUUUUGUGGUUGUAGACUUGUUGUCUAUACUCAGAAUAAUAGUCGUUGUAGUAGUUGUUUGAUUUUUUUUUUCUCUCUUUCCAUUUUUAAUUAAUAAAACUGACGUGGUAGAUUGUAUAUAUA